AUCUUUGAUGAGGGCAGAGCUCACGUUGCAUUGAAGACGAAACCUCGGGGAGGUCAGGCGCUGUCUUUCCUUCCCUCCCUGCUCGGCGGCUCCUCCACACUUGCAACCUGCAGAGGCCCGGAGAACACAACCCUCCCGAGAAGUCCAGGUUUCUACUGAGCUGUCAGUGUCUACAGAGAGAUUGCUGUCUCAUAAACAAAUACAUAUUAAGAACCAGCUUCAACCAUCACAGAACUCAGUAAAUAUCUAAGACUUUGGAAGUCUUUGAGAGCAAGGGUAGUAUUUUAGCUUUCUUUGAAUCUUCAGUACCUAUAACAGUGCCUGUCACACCCAUGUAUGCAGGAAAUAAGUGAGCGAAUGGGGAUACCAGCUACCCCUUUGCAGAGAAAAGAUUUCUACCACUGUCCAGGGCCAAACCCAUCACUGACCCCCCAGCCCAGGCGCCCAGCCACUCCCCACCGCUACCAUGGCCGAAGACGCAGACAUGCGCAACGAGCUGGAGGAGAUGCAGCGAAGGGCUGACCAGCUGGCUGAUGAGUCGCUGGAAAGCACCCGUCGUAUGCUGCAACUGGUUGAAGAGAGUAAAGAUGCUGGUAUCAGGACUUUGGUUAUGUUGGAUGAACAAGGAGAACAACUGGAACGCAUUGAGGAAGGGAUGGACCAAAUCAAUAAGGACAUGAAAGAAGCAGAAAAGAAUUUGACGGACCUAGGAAAAUUCUGCGGGCUUUGUGUGUGUCCCUGUAACAAGCUUAAAUCAAGUGAUGCUUACAAAAAAGCCUGGGGCAAUAAUCAGGACGGAGUGGUGGCCAGCCAGCCUGCUCGUGUAGUGGACGAACGGGAGCAGAUGGCCAUCAGUGGCGGCUUCAUCCGCAGGGUAACAAAUGAUGCCCGAGAAAAUGAAAUGGAUGAAAACCUGGAGCAGGUGAGCGGCAUCAUCGGGAACCUCCGUCACAUGGCCCUGGAUAUGGGCAAUGAGAUCGAUACACAGAAUCGCCAGAUCGACAGGAUCAUGGAGAAGGCUGAUUCCAACAAAACCAGAAUUGAUGAGGCCAACCAACGUGCAACAAAGAUGCUGGGAAGUGGUUAAAUGUGCCCACCUGUGUUCUCCUCUGAAUGCUAUCGGGCAAGAUAGCUCCUUCAUGCUUUUCUCAUGGUAUUAUCUAGUAGGUCUGCACACAUAACACACAUCAGUCCACCCCCAUUGUGAAUGUUGUCCUGUGUCAUCUGUCAGCUUCCCAACAAUACUUUGUGUCUUUUGUUCUCUCUGGGUCUCUUUCUUUCCAAAGGUUGUAUAUAGUGGUCAUUUUGUGGCUCUAACUCCUUGAUGUCUUGAGUUUCAUUUUUCCUUUUCUCUCCUCAGUGGCAUUUGCUGAAUAACAACAAUUUAGGAAUGCUCAAUGUGCUGUUGAUUCUUUCAAUCCACAGUAUUGUUCUUGUAAAACUGUGACAUUCCACAGAGCUACUGCCACAGUCCUUUGAGUGUCAGGCUCUGAAUCUCUCAAAAUGUGCCGUCUUCGGUUCCUCAUGGCUGUUAUCUGUCUUUAUGAUUUCAUGAUUAGACAAUGUGGAAUUACAUAACAGGCAUUGCACUAAAAGUGAUGUGAUUUAUGCAUUUAUGCAUGAGAACUAAAUAGAUUUUUAGAUUCCUACUUAAACAAAAACUUUCCAUGACAGUAGCAUACUGAUGAGACAACACACACACACAUAAAACAACAGCAACAACAACAGAACAACAACAAAGCAUGCUCAGUAUUGAGACACUGUCAAGAUUAAGUUAUACCAGCAAAAGUGCAGUAGUGUCACUUUUUUCCUGUCAAUAUAUAGAGACUUCUAAAUCAUAAUCAUCCUUUUUUUAAAAAAAAGAAUUUUAAAAAAGAUGGAUUUGACACACUCACCAUUUAAUCAUUUCCAGCAAAAUAUAUGUUUGGCUGAAAUUAUGUCAAAUGGAUGUAAUAUAGGGUUUGUUUGCUGCUUUUGAUGGCUACGUUUUGGAGAAAGCAAUCUUGCUGUGAAACAGUGUGGAUGUAAAUUUUAUAAGGCUGACUCUUACUAACCACCAUUUCCCCUGUGGUUUGUUAUCGGUACAAUUCUUUGUUGCUUAAUCUAGAGCUAUGCACACCAAAUUGCUGAGAUGUUUAGUAGCUGAUAAAGAAACCUUUUAAAAAAUAAUAUAAAUGAAUGAAAUAUAAACUGUGAGAUAAAUAUCAUUAUAGCAUGUAAUAUUAAAUUCCUCCUGUCUCCUCUGUCAGUUUGUGACGUGAUUGACAUUUUGUAGCUAGUUUAAAAUUAUUAAAAAUUAUAGACUCCAGA